AUGGUGGAAAGGGAAGUAUUUCCAGUGGAAGCUGCUUUAACAGAAAAUGAUGAUCCUGUUGUGUACUUCUACAACAUGAAACUUGUUUUAAGUCUGCUGUUAGUAUUAGGAUUUGUGUAUUAUUGUGCCAGUGUUGGCACUGUAUGCAGCAAAUCUGGAUUAUCAGAAUGGCGACAAUUUGGAAACUACUGCUAUAAGUUUAUUAAUGAAAAGAGAAGCUUCUCAAAAGCAGUGAUUCGCUGUGGAGAGCUUUUUAAGGGAGCGACCCUUCCUUCAUUUCACUCUGAAAAGCAGAACAAUGAUUUUUUCUCUUAUCUGUAUUGGGCUAGUGGCAACAAAGAACCAAAAAUCUGGCUUGGAGGAAUAAGACUGCCAGGGAACCUAAACAGUGGUAUAGGGCUCAUUGCUCUUGGAGCAAGAAGUUUGUUUGCCAGUAUAAACUCUAAAAUUUAG